AAAAAAAAAAAAAAAAAAAAAAAAGAGAGAGCAGGGAGUGAAGGAGGAAUCAUCAGGAGGAAUAUACUGGAGGCUGGAGGUGUGAGGGAGCUGGAGGACCAGACUGAAUGUGCAUCUCCGCUCCCUUCUCCUCGGUCAGUCCAGACGGAGCGAUGGCUGAUAACAGCACUCAUCCCAUCCUGGAUAUACUUCAGACCUUCGGCCCGAGAGACUUGAUCCUUGCGUUCUGUCUGUCCAUGGUGGUGGGACUCCUGCUGGGCGCUUUGGUGUACGUGGUCCUCACUUGGAUGGGGCGUCGUCGUGCAUCUGCCACCAUCACCCGCAUGCCGUCACCGCGCUCCUCGGGCCGCCCUUCGUCCCCUCGCACUCUCCCCGCCUUCAGCCGCCAGUGCAGCGCCUACGACCGUCGCAGCAACAACAGCCUGGCCAGCGCUGCCUUCUCCUUCCAUCGGCAAACCUCGUCUUCACCCAUCGAUCACCCCGACCUGCUGGGUCGCAAGGACAGCUUCAGGGCCUCCACCUUCCACCCACUGAUCCAGUGCAGCCAGAUCGCACGUGAAGCCGAGGAAGGAAACCACGGCACCCUGACCAGCAACCCCGGAGCCACCAGCACUAACAGCACAGCCGGCUCCAUGGUCACUCCACCAAGGCCCAGGCCCAGACCGGACUCGUUCUGGGGCAACAGCAGUGUGAGAGGCCUCAGUGCCACACAGACUCCUCCACCGGCGUAUGACAGCAUCAUACGCGCCUAUCAGGAGACCUGCACUUGAGGGAUGAGGAUAAAAUAAGACUUGAUGAUCUCUUGGGGAAUUGGGAGCAGCUUUACAAUGCACAGUGUGAAAACAAAAUUGUAAUUUUUGUUACUGUCAUUGAGGUAGAUGUACAGAGAGAACAACUGUAUGAUAUGAUUACUGACACUUAAAUUGGACAAGCCACUAUUACGGAAUAUCAGUCACAUUCAUUACCAGACUGUGUAAUGACUGAACGCUGAUGACUCAGUAUGCAUGGAGUCAUUGUUAUUAAAAUGUGUCCAUUCACAGUAUAUUUUGUUGAUAUCAUUAAUAAAAAACUGAUUCAGA